GAUGAGCAUAAAACGGAGCGGUACGGAACCGAUCUGACACAGACUGUACGACGCUUCACCUUUUCAGUUUGUUCAACAGAUUUCCGGGAUGUUUGAAAUGGAGAUACACAAGGAGAAAAACAAAGCGCAAUUAAACAGCUGCUUUAGCAACAUCAAGCUCUUUGUUCUUUGCCAAAGUCUGCUGCAGUUUUCUCAGCUGCUUCAUUCUACCUAUUUAAAGAGCUGCAUCACCACCUUGGAGAAACGGUUUGGACUCAGCAGUCAGUCCUCAGGCACUAUCACCUCCUUGAACGAGGUGGGGAACUCGCUGCUAAUCGUGUUUGUAAGUUACUUUGGGAGGCGUGUCCAUCGGCCACGUCUCAUCGGGCUGGGUGGCCUGCUGAUGUCCAUAAGCGCAAUGAUGCUGGCGCUGCCCCACUUCCUCUCGCAGCCUCACACAAACAAUUCUGUUUUACAAGAAAAGAAAGAGUUGUGCAUGCCUCGAACAAACUUCUCUGAAACCAGCACCUGUGGACAACAGGAUUACCAGCAGCUCACUGACACCAGCAUUAUGUGGAAAAUUAUGGCUAUUGCUCAACUACUCUUUGGGAUCGGUUCUGUGCCAAUCCAGCCUUUCGGCAUUUCUUAUGUGGAUGACUUUGCUGGACCCAGGAAUGCUCCCCUUUACAUUGCUGUCCUUUUCGCUGUGUCUGUGUUUGGCCCAGCCUUUGGAUUUCUCCUGGGCUCUGUGAUGUUGAAGAUUUAUGUUAACAUCGAUAAACCUGACCCAAGCAGUCUUUUGGAGCUUAACCUGAGUGACCAGCGCUGGGUAGGCGCCUGGUGGCUGGGACUGUUGAUCUCCUCAGGGUGCUUGGCUAUUACUUCUUUGCCCUACUUUGCUUUUCCUCGGGAGAUGCAGGCAAACAAAGCUGAAGUGGACAUUUUUACUGAAGAUUCAGAGAAGCCAAAUGUGACAUUACUGGAAUUCUUGAAGAUGUUUCCUCGGCUCUUUGUGAAGCUUCUGGUGAACCCGUUUUUCCUACUGCUGGUCUUGGCCCAGUGCUCCUUCUCGUCUGUGAUUGCAGCUCUGUCCACCUUCCUCAAUAAGUUCUUGGAGUGCCAGUAUCAUGCCCCAGCCAGCUACAGCAGCCUUUUGAUUGGGACAAUGAACCUGCCAGCAGUUGCCAUAGGGAUGUUGCUGGGUGGUGUAGUUAUGAAACACAGCAACAUGUCCCUGAAGGCCAUACCCAGGUUCUCCUUAGCCAUGAUCUUAAUCUCCACCCUUCUCUGUGUGCCAAUCUUCUUCAUGGGCUGUGCCACACAAAGGAUUGCCAACGUCAAUUGGAACAUUACAGAUCAUUUUGGAGAGGAAAGCAGAUCUUUUACUACAUGCAAUCUCAACUGCUCCUGCUCAAGCACGGCUUUCAAUCCUGUGUGUGGCACAAACAACGUAGAGUAUAUCUCACCCUGCCAUGCUGGCUGCACCAAUUUUACCAUGGAUCCUCAAAAUCUCCAAAUCCAGGCAUACACCAGCUGCAGCUGUGUUCGUGAUGGUGAUAAACUCGGAAACACUCACCCCGGCGCCUGCAGCAACAGCUGCUCCCACUACCUCCUGCCCUUCAUGAUCCUUAUUUCUGUUGCUGGCUUCGUCGCUAGUCUAUCCCACAACCCUGUGUACAUGAUGGUGCUCAGAACUGUACCCAAUGACGAAAAGUCAUUUGCAAUAGGAAUUCAGUUCUUGAUUAUGCGACUUCUUGCCUGGCUGCCUGCUCCAGCCCUCUUUGGCCUGGCCAUCGACUCCACAUGCCUAAGGUGGAAGUGGAUCUGCGGGAAUAAGCAGGGCUGCACUUAUUACAACAAUGACCUUUUCAGAAGCAGGUAUCUGGGCCUCCAGGUAGCAUAUAAAGUGAUGGGGAUUUUGCUGUUGGCCCUAGUAGGUUGGAAGGUAAAGCGCACAGGGGAGUACAGACUCCAGGUGCCAUUUAACGAGCUCCUAUGACACGGAAGGUGAAUUCUGCCCUGACGGCUUAGAAGCUUUGAUGCUCAUAAAUUAAUGAAGCCGCAGAGAUGGAAUACCCUGGCAGAUUUGUUGCAGAACUUUGGAUCUCUUACUGAGAAUGAGGUAUCACAAAAUGUUUUUGUGAAUACCUACUUUCUGUGGAUAUAAUUCAUUAUUCAAAAACAAUAUUUUAUUCAAUAAUAAUGCCUUCUAUUCUUGAUAUUUGAACAAAGCUUCUUAAUGGACUUUAGCUAUGCAUUGUAGAUGUAUAAAAAGGGUUACAUUUUCGCCUCUUUACUGUCUUAACUUAAAAUGCAUAAUUGUGCAUCAGCAGUAGUAUCUUUUACAUUAUGAAAAUGAUGUAAAUAAUAUUAUGAAUUUGUGUAUUUCAGUUCACUUAUGCAUGCAGUGGCAGAUAAUGUAAUCAUUAAAUAAUGAGAUUGCUUUGAAACAUUUUUUGGCACUUCCCACUUCCUGUUUUUACCCAUCAUUGCAGGUGUCAAAAUAAAAGCGCCACAGUUAUUUGUGUGGAGGGAUUAUUUGGACUUUGCAUAGUAUGUUUAUUCAUUAAUGCAUACAUUUAUUUUACUGAAAUGAACAUAAAUAAAUCUAUUAAGAAAAUUG